GAUCAUAGAAACUAAAUACAGCUAACAAACAUUAGAAUUGUAUAGAUGAUGAUAAAAAUACACAUAGCUUCUCAAACAAAAACAUAAGAACUGUCGAGUAAUCGAUGAAUGGUAAAAAGACAAAACGUGGGUUGAACAAAUAGUUGAAAUUUGCAUCGUCUAAUCCUCAAUAUUCAUGCAUCUACAGUUGUCUACCAUUGACUAUCAUACUGCUACAAAUUCUAGACUUUCCUAAUUUUUCUUAGGAAGUUACUAAGUAGGUGGUAAUAGAUUGAUAUUAUAAUACAUUCUUGGUUGAAAAGCAAUAAUUUAUUAAAAUCUCAUUUUUCAUCAUUAAAUAUAUUAUUUUGUAGGAUGAAAAAUAAUGAAGAUGUAUUACUAAUUGUCUACACAAACUAUAUUAAUCAUGAUUUUAGUUUAUAACUGAAACAAACACCACAUAAUCAACAGAAAUAAAUAUUUGACCUAAGAUAAAUGAAAGCAAGAUACUGAUAGAAAGUAUUUUUUAUUAUCAAUAAAAUCGCGGAAUGGCAAUUUUUUAACACAAAUUAUAUGUAAGAAGUUAUACAAAUGAUAAAAUUUGAAAACCACAAAUUAUGAAGUCAUUCCGCGUAAUACAGUGUUUUAUAUGUUAUAGUUUUGCAACUAGGCAAUGUUUAUCUAUUAUCUGAAUAGAAUAGACUAAGAUUUUCUUGUUGGAUAAAUUAUUAACAUAAUGAUUAUAUACUACAAGUAAUGUCAUGGUUCCCCACUCUCUUCAAGCCAUGAUUCUUCGCCCAUUCAUCUUUACCAUCACAAUUUUUCUAUACCUUGAUAUUUUGUUGUGUAUUAUGUUUGGGAAAUUAUAUAUUUGCGAAUGUAUAUCCAUCGAGGCGCUUCUCCAUCAAACGGAAGAAGAGCUUCCCUCAUAUUUGUUUCCCUCACAUAAAACUAAAAAGCGAGAGUCUCUGUAAUCUUCAGGUACUAUUGAUCUUAAUGAAAACUCUUUUAUAUUCUUCACGAUAAAAAUCAUUUAUACAACAAAUGUUAUAGGAUUCAUGUCUUAUUUGAUAGUUGUAAUUUUGUCUCAUAUGUUAAAUUAAGUAUUCUUAACUUUAAUAGUAACAUAGCUUACUAGCGUUCCUAUGUUAAUGAGAUGGAUCGUAGAUUGUUGAAGUUUGAGUGUUCAUAAAAUUAAAUCUGUUUCCAUGGGAUAAACCAUCAUAUCCAUACUUUCCUUGCUUUCUUUCUAUAUAUGUUUUCUACUUUUCUUAUAUUCUUUAUCAACUACUGAAACUUAUUUAUUAUUUUCUUACUUUUGUAAUAGAUAGGGAGUAGUGCUUUUAUUGAGCUUCUUACAGUAGAAAUAAAACUUUGAUAAGCAUUUUGGAGUUGGAUUGUGAUCUUCUCCAUCAACAUUCAACAAUGGCAAUGAAGAUGAAGGGCAUCUACAAAAGCUUCAAAAUGGUCUCUCAAUUAUUUGUUGUGAAAGAACGAGACAUGGAAAUUGGGCACCCAACAGAAGUAAAACAUGUGAACCAUGUUGGCUGGGAGGUAUCCUCUGGCAGUGCACCUGCUUGGUUAAGUGAGUUUAAGGCAGAAGCGGAGCCUUUGUCUCCGAUACCAUCAUCUUUUUGUCAUGCAAGCAAUUCGAAGUCUUUAUUGACCACUUCUUCAUCCACUGAUUUUGAUCAGAGAUCAAGCCAACCAUUUAUAUCAGAUAGGCCAAGGGAUGUGCCUCCCAUUCCAGUAGGUCUAUCCAAGAUUCAAAGUAAGAGCAAGAAUAGGAGAAAGUAUUCAUCUUCAACAUCAUCACCAAAUCCAAGUUACCAUCUCCAAAAUCUUCAAGAUCAACGGGUAUCUAAAUAUUCGUUCAAAUCAAUGACAUGUCGGUCAGACUCUAAUGCUUAAAGGUAAAUUCAAAGGGGCAAUGAAAAACAGAAACAAAGCUUGUGUCACAAUAUGUAUAAGGGAUAUUUUGGUAGUUCCCGUGAUUUUGUUUCUGCUCAGACUUCUCGGUUACACUCUAAUGCAUAAAGGUGAAUUCAAAAGUGCAAUGAAAACAAAGAAUCAAAGCUUGUGUCA